CCUUAGAAAGAAGAAGAAUUUCAUAAGUCCUUCCUUGCUCGGCUAACCUUCUUGUAGGUUACUUCCUCUCUGUCAGGGACACAGACAAAAUGCAGAGCUGUACUCAGCUGUACCGUUCUCUCGCCACGAGAAGUCACCACCUCCCUUUAAAGCUCCAUGGAGCCAUGGCUUUGUCUGUCAGAACUUAUGCUGAUAAAGCAGAAAUCGAUGCAGACGUCACCGUGGUCGGCUCCGGUCCGGGUGGUUACGUCGCAGCCAUCAAAGCAGCACAGCUUGGCUUCAAGACGGUGUGCGUGGAGAAGAAUGCCACGUUGGGUGGCACCUGCCUCAAUGUGGGCUGCAUCCCCUCAAAGGCUCUGUUAAACAACUCCCACUUGUACAAGAUGGCACACGGCAAAGACUUUGAAAGCAGAGGCAUUGAAAUCUCUGGAAUCUCAUUAAACCUGGAGAAGAUGAUGGCUCAGAAGAGUGGUGCAGUCAAAGCCCUGACUGGAGGAAUUGCACAUCUGUUCAAACAGAACAAAGUAACCCAUGUUAACGGUUUCGGUAAAAUAACCGGUAAGAAUCAGGUGACUGCCACGGCAGCAGAUGGCUCCCAGCAGGUUAUCAACACUAAGAACAUCCUAAUCGCCACAGGGUCAGAGGUCACCCCCUUCCCAGGGAUCCAGAUUGAUGAGGAAUCCAUUGUGUCAUCGACUGGAGCUCUGUCCCUAAACAAAGUGCCAGAGGAACUGAUUGUCAUCGGAGCCGGAGUUAUAGGAGUGGAGCUGGGUUCGGUGUGGCAGCGUCUGGGUUCCACGGUGACAGCAGUGGAGUUUCUGGGCCAUGUGGGUGGCAUGGGCAUUGACAUGGAAAUCUCCAAGAACUUCCAGCGUAUCCUGCAGAAGCAGGGCCUCAAGUUCAAGCUGGGCACCAAAGUCCUGGGGGCCACCAAGAGGCCCGACGGCAAAAUAGACGUAGCAGUGGAGGCGGCGGCUGGCGGAAAGAACGAGACGCUGACAUGUGACGUUCUGCUGGUCUGCAUCGGCAGAAGGCCAUUUACCCAGAAUCUGGGUCUGGAGAGCGUCGGCAUCGAGUUGGACAACAGAGGUCGCAUACCGGUCAACAACCGCUUCCAGACCAAAGUGCAUGGCAUUUAUGCAAUUGGCGAUGUGAUCGCUGGACCGAUGUUGGCCCACAAGGCUGAGGAUGAGGGCAUCAUCUGCAUCGAAGGCAUGGCUGGUGGAGCGGUGCACAUAGACUACAACUGUGUUCCCUCAGUCAUCUACACCCACCCUGAGGUGGCCUGGGUGGGGAAGACAGAAGAGCAGCUUAAACAGGAGGGUGUCCCAUACAAAGUUGGCAAGUUUCCUUUUGCCGCCAACAGCAGAGCCAAGACUAACGCAGACACCGACGGCAUGGUGAAGAUUCUGAGUCACAAGGAGACAGAUCGGAUGCUUGGAGCGCACAUCCUUGGAACGGGAGCUGGAGAGAUGGUCAAUGAAGCUGCUCUGGCCAUGGAGUACGGAGCUUCCUGUGAGGAUGUCGCUCGGGUCUGCCACGCACAUCCAACGGUGUCGGAGGCUUUCAGAGAAGCCAACCUGGCGGCGUCCUUCGGAAAAGCCAUCAACUUUUGAGGUUGCAGCAUCCGUGGCGCUGUUGCUGGAGAAACGGGACACGUACCGUCUGCAUCGAGACUUUCACUGACUUAAGCCACCUGUGAUCCUGUGUCCAUCACGACGGGAUAAUCACAAUUAGUUUCAUGUUAUUUAAGUGCUCCAAAAAGAAUAUUAAAAUGGGUUUGAAAGCUGAACAGAAGCUGACUUGUGUGAGACUGCUUUGUUUUCAGCAUGUACUUUAAAGUUGCCAUGGCGAUAUUUUCUUCACCCAUUUGUGGAACAGGGAUGGAUGGUUUUCUGAGACAACUGUGAUGUCUUCUAACUGAAGGAAAGGAUGUUUGCUGGUUUGUUUUUAUUCUUUCUUUUAAUUGUGUGAAAGUUGGGAGCUGAAGUUAAGAUUAAUGUAGAAAUCUCUCUGCUCUGUUUGGACCCAUUCCCUACAUGUAAACAGCACAUUUUUAAAUAAAUGUUGACUUCUCUGCAACUCUGCUAUUGAUUUCUUCCUUCCUCAUCGUAGACUGUUUAAAAGGUGAACUAUUGAGAGGCCUUUCCUGAUUCAGUUAGGCAGUCGACUGACUGCUCCAUUCAUCCCAGCCAAUAAAUCCAGUUCCAUAAAUAUUUAUGUGGUGGUGUCUUCAUUCAGCUCUGUAAAAUUUGAAAUAUACUGGAUGCACUUUCUUUCAGAAGCAUCUCAACAGAUUGGACCCAAACCUACAGGACAAGGUUGUUUUUGUUCCUCUUUGCAUCGACAGUAUGCAGCGUUGGUCCCCAAUUGUUGAUGCUGAAACACGGCUCUCAGCGCUGACAGAUAAAGAACUGUUUGUAUUUAAUUAUCAGAUGCUAAAUGAUUUCAAUACAAAUCUUUCAUUAAAGAUGAUAAAAGAUU